AUGAAAAUUUUGACAACCAACUUCCUGACCUGCGCGGUCAAGACCUGCAAGACCUCCCCGGCGUCCUUCCCACUACACUUCAAAGACGCGACCCUCGAACGCACCGAGAUCGAAUACAACCCACUAUUCCUGCGCAACGUGCUCCCCCGCGUGAACUGGGAUGCCCUGACGACGACAGCGACGGAACUGGGCCUGCAAGCUCUGGUGCCCGAGCGGAACCCCGUGGAUGUCGUGGCUGAAGAGGGUGAGGGCGACGGCGUCGGAGAGAAGGAGCACGACGGCGGAAGCGAAGGAAUGGACGUCGAGCAUCAGCCGCAGCAGACCGAGGAGAAGAGUGCAGAGGUGGAAGAGGUGUUAAAAAAAUUGCACGGUCUGUUACUUGAGACGGCGGUGACGGAGGGGAAGCUGGUUUGUGGGAACUGCGGGUUCGAAUAUCCGAUCAAAGAGGGCGUGGGAAAUUUCUUGCUGCCCGCGCAUUUGGUGUGA